UCAAGAAAUGCAUUACCAAUCGUAAAAGUUUGUUUUCUUAUAUCAUGUGCAUGAUUUGCUAAGUUGCGUAUUCCGUGUUUUACACUGAUAAUCCGGAACGCUGAUUUAUUUGAAAAUAUUUGAAACAAAUGAGAAAUGUCUUUCAUUCGGACACUUUGGAAGUGUAACUUUGGUCCUCGACUUUUCAAGGUUUACGAAAUAACAUGGAUCGGCCGACUAGUAGAAAAAUCAUAUGAGCCUAAUAGUCUAGAACGAUGGGGUGAUCAAAUCGUAAUCUGCUUUGCAGCAAUUUGGUCCAUAAGUCUAUAUACAAUUCCAUUAGUGGCUAUCUUUUUCUACGAACAUAGCAGUUCCAUAACUGAGAAUAUUUUUUCUUUGAGUAAAUUAGCAGCCAGUGCUAGCGCGAUUUUCAUUGCAUCGUUAGCUGCUCGAAGUUUUUCUAGAGCCACUAAUCCAGUAUAUUUAAAAUUCUUGAAAACUCUUUAUGAAGCAAAUGCACAUUAUUCAGCAGAAACAAAACAAGAACUUGACAAGUACGAGUUUGAGUUUUGGGCAAGACCUGUAGAUUUUAAUAUUAAAGAUGUAGAAAAGGAUUCAGCUAGAGAGAAAUUAACUUUAGAGAAAAUUGCAGCCUCCAGUGGUCGCAUAAAAAGGCAAACUGGUAAAGAAUUUAUAUGUACAUUGCCUUGUAAGUUUUUAUCAUAUAUUGUAGCUCACACUUUUGCCAUUAAAAUGAUGUAUCCUGGAAGUGUGACAAUUCUUAACUGGGCAUUCCGAUCAACACUUCUGAAAGGAAGAAUACAUUUAGUAAAACAUGGUGGCGAAAGGUACAAAUUAUUAGCUGCAGAUAAUAAUGAAAUUGAUGCUAUAUUCAUUGACCGACGUAACAAGAAAACAAAUGGCGAUGUGCUAGUUAUCACUUGCGAAGGGAAUUGUGGAUUUUAUGAAACUGGUAUUAUAUCAACGCCAAUGAGCAAAGGAUAUUCAAUAUUGGGUUGGAAUCACCCAGGUUUUGGUAGCAGUACUGGUGCGCCGUAUCCUCUUCAAGAAGAAAAUGCUAUCGAUUGUGUAAUGCGCUUCGCAAUCGAUCACUUAAAAUUCCCUGAGGAACAAAUAAUUCUUUAUGGUUGGAGUAUUGGUGGAUACACUGCAACAUGGGCUGCUAUGAACUAUCCUUCUAUUCAAAGUUUGGUAUUAGAUGCUACAUUUGAUGAUGUACUUCCAUUAGCUAUUAUGAUGUUCUCGUCAUUAGAAGGUUUGGUACGAAACAUUAUUAGGGACUAUUUCAAUUUGAAUAUUGCUGAGCAAUUGAAUAGAUACAAUGGUACAGUGUUGCUUAUACGAAGAACAGAAGAUGAAGUAGUAUGUACUCCUAGCGGUAAUAGUUUAUCAGGAAACCGAGGUAACAUGUUGCUUGCAAAACUUCUAAUGCGACGUUAUUCACAUCUCUUUAUGGAGAACUCAGAAUGUGCUGUACUUUUAGUGAAAUUUUUGUCUGCAGAUAUAUCUAAUAGAAAAUCAAUAAUCGAAACAGUAGAGGUUGAUGAAAAACAAUGUUUAGAACUUAUUGCAGCAGAUAUAGAGAAGAAUGGUGGUACAGUACAGUACCCUUGCACGCUUGGAGAAGACUGUGAUUCUAAGACAAAACAACAACUUAUUCUAUUUCUUGCAACAAUGUAUAUGAAGGAUCAGUCGUCGUCGCAUUGUACACCGUUAGCAGUGGAUUUGUUUCAACCUGGUUGGGAUCCAGCAUCCACAUUGUCCAUAACAGAAUGAAAAUUUCGUGAUAUUAUAAUUGACUAAUUACUAGGAGCUUUAUUCAAAAUUCUUAUUCUUAUGAUAAUAGGAACUCUUGAGAGUUGAUCAUAUUCGAUGCAUUUGAUGUUAAAUUUUAUCGAUAAGUUAUUUAUUCUAUACGAAUUUCAGUCUAUUUUUCAUAUUCCAAAUUGAUAAGAAUAUUGUAUUCUUAUCUUUAACUAAAAUUUUUAUAUUCAUUACUAAAGUCUAGUAAAAUCUUGACAAUUGUAUCUUCGAUGACAAAAAAGAAAAUCACAAUAUGCACAAUAAUGUAAUUAUUUAUAUAUAAAAAAACUUAUAAAAAUUUAAUGCAACAUUUUUAUUUUUCACAAAUUUAUAAUUUGUAUUUUUACAAGUUGCAAAGCAUUUAAAAAUAAAUUUAUAUAUA